AUGAGGUCCCCGUCGAGCGCCCCUGUGACCUGGGACAUGACAGUGCCCUCUGUCGAGGAGGUCGCUCAGUUACUGGAGGAAGCGGAAUCGCAGUUGAAGCGGUUUGACAGUGUGAGCGAGGCCUUGGAACGCGACGUUCACGCGUUACGGGCACUCGUCGAGCAGGUGCCUGCUGCAGCGCACCUGGAGCGAACGUCAGAGACGUCGACAGGCCAACCGCUCGUGUUCCAGUGGAACCAGCAGCAUAGUGCACACCUCGACCGGCUUGUCACCCAGGAACGAGCGACCGAGGCGUCCGACAUGAGCGUCUGGAGACGUGUUGCAGAUGCACUGAAACCAGCACUGCCCCUCGUUAGAGAGGCGUUCGCCCCGGAGUCUCUCGCUGAGGCGUGCCGCACGCGCUACCUGGCUGUAGAGGCGUAUCGAAAACGCGCAGACUGGGCUGACGAGCAGCUGACAACGAUGCUUCUGGGCCUGGACGCUGUGCCUGGGGUUUCGCGACAAGCGCUGCUGCUCGCGCACCAGUUACGGCGGCCUGCGCAGGCAAAACAGAUCAGUGCGCUCAUCGGGCGUCGAAAGAAACUCAUUGAUCGAUGCCUAGCGAUCGAGGCUGAGCUUGAACAGCAGCGAGUGCAACUGGGACUGCUCCCAACCGACAAGAACGGUGCGGAGCCGAUGCGCUCCGCUGCCGAGUCUACCACCAGCAGUAGCACCAGCACCAGCGCUGCAUCGUCGCAUACCGCGCUCGAGCCGGAUCCGGACUGA